CGGACCGGAGGCUGGCUGCAGCCUCAGUAGCGACGCGAUGUUUGCUCGGAAAAGACCUGCAGGCAAAAUGCGCUCUCAAGAAGUCUACAAGAGUCUCACACAGCCGCCGGAAGCUCCGACGGGUUCGGGUCCACCGCCAGAGCCUGCACCGGAAGAGAGCUGCGCCGACGACAGCUGCCCGCACUGCGAUGCAGCCCCAAUGGUGGGCCAGGGCCACACGAGUCAAAGCUGGUGGCACAAACUGCGUUCUACACUAGCGGGUCCCCUCAGUUGCUUUCGAUUUCGCUACAAAUCGGUGUACAAGUGCCGGUCGUGCGGCUGGCGUAGCUCCUCAUCCAGAUCCCCCAAGAGAUGCAGCUAUGAAUGCAAAACGACUACACGGAUCGAAGCGUAAAACUGAAAUUAUACUACUGAAAGAUGGCUAUUA